AUGCAGGGCUGGCGAAUCAGCAUGGAGGACGCCCACGCUGCAGUUCUUGACCUCCAGGCAAAGUACACCGGUGCCGACAACGAGAAACCGACCGAUCCGGAACACCGUCUUGCCUUCUUCGGUGUUUAUGAUGGUCACGGCGGUGACAAGGUUGCUUUAUUCACCGGCGAGAACCUCCACAAGAUUGUUUCCCGGCAGGACGCUUUCGCCAAGGGUGAUAUCGAACAAGCUAUGAAGGAUGGUUUCCUCGCUACCGACAGGGCGAUUUUGGAAGAUCCCCGUUAUGAGGAAGAGGUCUCGGGCUGCACCGCCUCUACAAGUAUUAUCUCACAGAAGAAGAUCUGGGUGGCAAACGCCGGUGAUUCACGAUCAGUUCUCGGUGUGAAGGGCCGCGCAAAGCCCCUCUCCUUCGACCAUAAGCCUCAAAAUGAGGGCGAGAAGGCUCGCAUCAGCGCCGCCGGUGGUUUCGUCGACUUCGGCCGUGUCAAUGGCAACCUCGCUCUGUCCCGCGCUAUCGGUGACUUUGAAUUUAAGAAGAGCGCCGAGCUUUCCCCCGAACAGCAGAUCGUCACCGCAUACCCCGAUGUGACCGUCCACGAGCUUACUAACGACGAUGAAUUCCUUGUUAUCGCCUGUGAUGGUAUCUGGGAUUGCCAGUCCUCCCAGGCUGUCGUGGAGUUCGUCCGCCGCGGAAUCGCCGCCAAGCAGCCCCUCGCCCGGAUCUGUGAGAACAUGAUGGAUAACUGCCUGGCCUCCAACAGCGAAACCGGUGGCGUGGGUUGUGACAACAUGACUAUGACCGUCAUUGGCCUGCUACAAGGCAAGACCAAGGAGGAGUGGUACAACCAGAUCGCAGAGCGGGUUGCGAACGGGGAUGGACCUUCCGAGUUCCGCGGCCCCGGGAUCCGGAACCAGUUCGAGGAUAACCCCGAUGAAUAUGACAUGGACGUGGACCGUACCCGUGGCUACAGUGUGCGUUCGGGCCGGAUCAUCCUUCUAGGCGAUGGCACCGAAGUGAUCCCGGAUCAGAAUGAAGAGGAGCUUUUUGACCAGACCGAGGAGGACCAGGACUUGACCAACCAGGUGCAGCAUGAGACCAGCACCCGAGACCGCGAGGCCACCCCGGGCCCACAGGGGAAACAGGAGACUGGGACCACUCAAAUAUCCGAGUCCCCGGCCUCCACUGACGCUGAGAAAGAGAAGUCCGCAUCGUAG